AUGCUGACCGGAGCAAUUCGCUCCGAUUAUCUAUCUAUCUAUCUAUCUAUCUAUCUAUCUAUCUAUCUAUCUAUCUAUCUCGAUUCUUUCUUUCUUUUCUUUCUUUCUUUUCUUUCUUUCUUUUUUUCAUUUACCUUUGUUUGUUUCUUUCUUUUGUUAGUUCUUUCUUUCGUUCAUUUGUUAGUCCUUUCUUUCUUUCUUUCUUUCUUUCUUUCUUUUAUACUCUCUUUUUUCUUAAAUUCUCAUUCUUGCUUUCUGCUUAUCUAUCAAUCUUUUUCUUUUUCUCUCUCUCUAUCUUUUUCUCACUGCCUAUCCGCUGAACUCUCUGCCUUUCUUUCUGCCUAUCUACUGACUUCUCUCUAUAUAGCUGUCUAUUCAAGUCUUUCUUUCUCUUCCUUUCUCUUUCUAUCGAUCGUUCGAUCGAUCGAUCGAUCUUGCUUUCUCUCUUCAUUCCUAUCUUUUGAUCUCUCUGUCCCUUUCCCUGCCUGUCCGUUGAUCUCUUUCUCACUUUCUACAUGUCUUUUGAUUUUUCCCUCUCUCUCAUUCUUUUUACCUAUUGAUCUCUUUCUCCUGCAAUGUAUUGAUCUCUCCCUUUCUUUCGAGGUAUUUAUUAAUAUCUCUAUUUCUCUCUCUCUCUCUCUCUCUCUCUCUCUCUUUCUCUAUCUUGCUAUCUAA